UGGUGGGGUUCAAUAAUCUCUCUGUUCAAUUUCGGUUUUUCUUGCGCUUCAUCAAUAAUCUUUCCAUUUAUAAGUACACAUGCACCCAAAUGUCGGACCUCUUCACUUCACGUUUCAAAGCACUCUCUAUCGAAAGUCGUCUCAGGAGUCUCCCAAGAUGCCCUCUCUUCUCAGCUAUCGUUGCCUCCUGCUCUCUUUUUCUCAGACACGAUAAGCUUAGGUUCUGUGGGUGAACGAUACUACAGCUGAUCCAAUCUGGAACCCAAAGAUGAAGAAAAGCACAAGCAAUGAUCAGUCGGCGAAAGUCGAGCGCAAAACCGUGGAGAAAAACCGUAGAAUCCGCAUGAAAGCUCUAUGCUCCAAGCUUGCUUCCCUCAUCCCUCAACACCAUAUCUCCACUUCUAAGGAAUCACUGUCGCAGCAAGAUCUGCUGGAUCAAGCAGUACCAUACAUAAAGCAGUUGAAAGAAAGGAUUGAAGAGUUGAAGCUGAGGAAGGAACAAGCAGUGCUGCUAUCCAAAGGAAUUGACACAAGCAGCUCUUUGACUUUGCCGGAUGGUGAGAACGCUCAACUAGGGUUAGUGCUUCCGGUGUUUGAACUGAGAGACGAUGAUUUAGGUCUGGAAGUGAUCUUGAUCAGUGGGAGGAGGAAGAACUUCACGUUGUAUGAAGUGAUCAACAUUCUUGAGGAAGAAGGAGCUGAGGUUGUCAGUGCCAGCUUUUCGGUUAUGGGUGAUAAGAUCUUCCACACACUCCAUGCUAAGGUGAGACUGUGUAGAGUUGGAGUAGACACCACAAGGGUGAGGGAGAGAUUGAAAGAAUUGAUCCAGUGAUUCUCUCUAGAGAUCGAUCUUGUAAUGUUGCAACAACAAAUGGUAUGACAAAAGACACAAACUUUUGCUUGAAAAAUGGUAAUCAGCCGAUGCAGAUUGGAGACGGAACGAAAUGUAGAGUUGACCUAUGUUCCAUGUUGUUGCAGAACUAAAUUACCCAUGACUAGCAAGCCAUAUAGUCAUUAGUAGCAAAUGUUGAAGAAGUAAUCUUAGUAGGAAAAAAGGUCAACAUAGAGUGAUAUGUGUAAAAGGCUUACAUUCGGCUAUUGCGCGCGGCAUGUAUACUCAUACCAGCAUAUACUAGUUCUGAAGCAAUUUUGGAUCUAUAAAAUAUCAUUUUUGUA